AUGGAUGAAGUUCAACGAAAAUUAAGUUUUGAUGAUUUAUUUGAAGAAAAAACAAUCGAAUUUCUUAAUGAAUUCGAUCAAUCUAUGAUUUGUUUUGAAAAUCUAUCCAAUGAAUUAUUAUGCGAUAUAUUUGAUUAUCUUGAUGGAUAUCAAUUAUUUCAAGCAUUUUCAAAUCUUAAUUCUCGAUUUGAACAACUUAUUCAUUCUUCCUGUGUAUUAAUUAAAACUUGUUUUUGUAUAUAUCAAAAUAAUAAAGUUCUGAACACGUUUGAACAAUUUAUAUUUUCCAAUCGACAUCAAAUAUUUUCCAUAUAUUUAAAUUUUAUAUUACAAAAUAGUUAUUUGUUUUCGUGGUAUUUAUUCGAUUCAUCGUUUGAUCGACUUGAAUCUCUCUUGUUUAAAGUCAUUCAAUCCAAUACACUGAUGCCGAUGCUAGACAAUUUAUCUUCUUUACCACAUCUUUCCUCAUUAACAAUCGAAACAUACUGUGUUGAAGAACAAAUUAAUGAUAUCUAUCAAUUGAUAUUUAUCUUACCUAAAUUGAGAUAUUAUCGAAUUUCCUCUUUUAAUCAUCAUCGCUCAAUUACACUUCUAAUGGCUAUGAAUAAUCAAUUCAGUCCUGUUGAAUAUCUUGUUAUUAAUCGUUAUUGUUCGUUGAACGAACUUGAAUCUUUAAUUUCUUACACACCACAACUUCGUUGUUUAACUCUUCAUAAAACAAAAACGAAUGGUUUAAAUGUGACGGUAUUAUCAUCAACAAUUACAUUAGCUAAUCUACAAUCGAUUUCUUUGGAUUUAUGUCAAGCAAGAUUUAAUGAACUGGAAUUAUUCAUUACAAAAAUAUUUUCAAAUUUAAAAAGUUUAUCUAUUAUUGGAUCACGAGAUAUCACUUUUCUUAAUGCUUAUCGAUGGAAACAAUUAAUUUUAAAUCAUUUUUCUCAAUUAGAAAAAUUAUAUUUAACCUAUUAUGAUCGUAUGGAUAAUAAUAAUCAAUAUCCAAUAUAUACUGGACGAGUAAAUCAAUUUUCUUCAUCAUUUUGGAUUCAACGAAAAUGGAUAUUUCAUGUGCAAAUUAAAGGAAUAUAUAACAAAUAUAUGAUUUAUCCAUACAAAAAACCAUGCUAUGAUUAUAUAGAAGAUAACAAUAUCGAAUAUUCAACAGCACCUAGUUUAAUGUUAGCAAUUGACCUUAAUGGUCUUUAUCUUGAAAUGUUAUUCGAAAGAAUCAAAUGUGUGUUAACAAUGACACAAAUAUAUCAUUUGGAAAUUAUUCAAGAACAUAUAGUACCCUGUUUAGUAAUAUUAUUUGAUACAGUGAAAACUCAUAUUGUAUAA